AUAGAAGACGGUGUUUAAGAACAGCCAGCAUCUUCUGGCUCUGUCCAGGGAAGCAAUGUUUUGUGAUUUCCGACUUUGUGGAGACAGCAUGGAAAGACACUUGCACCGUCAUGCCUGUGGCAGACAUCACUAAUCUGGCAGGACGCUGUUUCCUGCUGAAUCUAGAUGAGACCUCACAAUCCUUUUUUACAUAAGGAUGUAGUAUAACAAAGAGGAGGUCCAUUAGGCUGGGUGCAUUUCUACUUAAUUUACCAGGUUCCAAAAUGAUCUAGCGUUACAAAUAUGCUCAUCUGCUCUCCUAAAAUAGGAAAGUUGCCUUGUGAUUUUAAAACAAAAACUUCAGAAGCUGGCAUCAUUCACACCUUUAUUCAUGUAUCCAACAAAUGUUUACUGAGUGUCUAUUAUACGUCUUAUGCUCUGCUGGAUGCUGGGGACAGAGAAAUGUCCUUCCGUGUCCACCUCCUAGUUAAUGAUAAAAUGAUUUUUCCACUAAGUGCAGCCUACUUUCUCUGGGGCUCUGGGACUAAAAGCCCUAAGCCCAGUGCUCUGCUGACCCCUUGUCAUUAGGUCUCAGAGCACAGGCAGUGGUAUGGAAGGUACUCAUUGCUGUGAAUUCUCCACAGAGCUAAAUCCUGAGACGCAGCCCCUCUGGGACUUUUGGGUGUAGCUAUAUUUUCCUUUAAGCCUCUGAAGCCAGCAAACACUAUUUUCUCUCUCUCUCUUUGACAUAAUCACCAUGUUAGAGCAGGGAGACUGGCUUCCAUUCAGCUACCUAGAAUGGCUGCUUAUUAUUAAAUGAAAAACAGAAGUGUACGGUAGGAGGUAAUUCACACCUUUGUGAGGAUGCACAGAGGCGGGUCGUGGAAAUAAGGAGGAGUGAUUGGAACUUCUUUAGUUCCUGAGAAGCUGCCAUUCCAGAUUGCUUGUUGCUUUUUUCUCUGAAAUAAGUCUUCUUUCAGAUACUUUGGGCAUAAGAUGCGGCGUGCCUUUAUUGGAUGACUAGUGUACAAGUUGGAGGGAGUUUCUUUGUAAAUGUCAGAUAGCUAUUUAUUUACCUAAUUACCAUAGAGAGCCUCAGGUGAGAGUUCUUUUGCAUCUUGUUUCUUUUCCUCUUUUUUAUUCUCCAUUUCUGAGUCUGUCUUGCCCUCCCUUGUGGUCAUCCUAUACUUCUGACUGCCAUGCAUAGGUGCCUGUCCUCCCUCCAGCUCUACUCUGAGCGUCAUGUCAAGUUUCAGGAUAAUUCUUACGUAUUUCACGGAUUAAAGACUGCCUGCCCACUGCCCCCUUCUUUCAGGAUGCACUAAGGCCAGGACUAUUACUCUCUGCUGGGCUACUUUGGAUCACGAUGAUAGGACCUGGCAUGGACUCCGGCCACUCUUCGCGAGGAACUAGUAAACCCCUCGUCCAGGUGAGUGUCCAGAAUGCAUCGUUAAGCCCAGCCAAUGGAUCUAAAUUGAUGAAUCGUUGAGGAUAAGAUGUGAAGAGCCUCAUGUGUGAAAAUGAAGUCCCAGGCAAUCACGAUUUACUGUUUAAUGUUAUAUCUGGCCACAGAAUGUUCUCAUCCUAGAUCCAAGACCCACAUAAAAGACGGAGAUAAACUUCAAGGUCCUGAAGGAAAACCCAAGACUGAAAGGAUGCAAGAAAAAUGCCAUGGACCUUGCACCACUUCUUCCAACUGCAGCCAGCCUUGUGUUCAGCACUUUCGUGGAGAAAUAGGAUUUAUCUGUAAUGGAAACAAGUGGCAAAAAUCAACUGAAACAUGUACAAGCCUUUCUGUGGAAACACUCUUUAUGGACUUAAAUAACACAUCACGCUUUUCUGUGGCAGCACCAUUUAUACCUCUGCACAUUGUUGACUACCAAGCCCCAGAGCCAAUUGAGAGUGUAGCUCAAGUCAUCCAAAUGAACUGCCCACUUGAUUAUGCCUGCAUAAUUGAUGUUGUGAAAUCAUCAGAAGCCACAUCUGGAAAUAUUGCAUUUAUAGUGAAGUUACUAAAAAAUAUUUCUACACACUUGUCUGAUAAUGUUACCCAAGAGAAAAUGAAGAGCUACUUCAAAGUGGCCAACCACAUCCUCGACAAAGCAGUCAUUCCAAAUUGGGCUUUCAUUCCUGACAAAAAUGCUGGCUCGGAUUUGUUGCAGUCAGUGAAUUGGUUUGCGAGGCGAUUCCGCAUCCAGAACGAACUGGAGCACAUUACGGAUGAACUCUUCAUUCAGACGAAAGGGCUUCACAUCAACCACAAUACCUCAGAGAGAAGUUUCAGCUUCUCCAUGAACGUGAGCAAUACAACGGAGGGUAUCCUAGGAAUGAUAGAAGUUCCCAGGCAAGAGCUGUGGAAGCUGCCACCAAAUGCAUCCGAAGCCAUCGGCAUAGCUUUUCCCACCUUGGGGGCUGUUCUGAAAGAAGCCCACUUGCAAAAUGCCAGUCUUCCCAGGCAGGUAAAUGGGCUGGUCGUUUCGGUGAUUUUACCAGAAAGAUUGAAGCAAAUCUUAUUCACCUUUGAGAAGAUCAAUAAAUCCCGGAAUACCAGGGCCCAGUGUGUUGGCUGGCACUCCAGGAAAAGGAGGUGGGAUGAGAAUGUCUGUGAAACAACAUUGGAUACCGCCAGCAAAGUGAAAUGCUGGUGUAACUACACCAAUGUGUUGAUGUCUUUUUCCAUUCUCAUGUCCCCCAUGUCUGUAGACAACAAGGUCCUGGACUAUAUCACCUGCAUUGGGCUCAGCGUCUCCAUCCUUAGCUUGAUUGUUUGCCUGAUCAUUGAAGCCACAGUUUGGUCCCGAGUGGUUGUGACGGAGAUAUCAUACAUGCGACAUGUAUGCAUUGUGAACAUAGCUGUGUCGCUCCUGACCGCCAAUGUGUGGUUCAUCCUAGGCUCUAACUUUAACAAAAAGGCCCAGAACUACAACUGGUGUGUUGUGGUGACAUUUUUUAGCCACUUUUUCUACCUCUCUCUGUUUUUCUGGAUGCUCUUCCAAGCACUGCUCAUCGUCUAUGGACUAUUGGUCGUUUUCCGGAGGAUGAUGAAGUCCUGCAUGAUGGCCAUUGGCUUUGCCAUUGGCUAUGGGUGCCCGUUGGUCAUUGCUGUCACCACAGUUGCUAUCACAGUGCCAGGGAAAGGCUACAUGAGACAUGGUGCCUGUUGGCUUAACUGGGACAAUACCAAAGCCCUUUUAGCAUUUGCCAUCCCAGCCUUGCUUAUUGUGGCUGUGAAUCUUGUUGUGGUUUUGGUUGUUGCUGUCAACACUCAGAGGCCCUCUAUUGGCAGUUCCAGGUCUCAGGAUGUGGCCAUUAUUAUAAGGAUCAGCAAAAAUGUCGCCACCCUCACCCCAUUGCUGGGACUGACCUGGGGUUUUGGAAUAGCUACCCUCAUAGAAGGCACCUCCUUGAUAUUUCAUAUAAUCUUUGCCCUGCUCAAUGCUUUCCAGGGGUUCUUCAUCUUGCUGUUUGGAACCAUUAUUGAUCACAAGAUUAGAGAUGCUUUGAGGAUGAGGAUGUCUUCACCGAAGGGGCGGUCAAAGGCAGCAGAGGAGGAAUCAGAAGGUCUCAGAAGCAGCGGCUGGCACCAUGCUGGGGGUGCAACAAGCUCAGAGGACAGGACUGGAAAUUCAUGAUCAGUGAUCCUCCCAAGUCCAGAAUGGAGAGCUGGCGGCACCGGGAAGGUCUUUCAGCAGAAAGCAGGGCUCCAACCACACGGUUGAGAGCAGAAUUACAGCUCAAGGACACAGUGUCUGGGAAGCACAAGGCCGGGUCACGGCCCAGGCUGGGGGUCAACCACAGAGCACAGGCAGUAUUUCAGACCUUCAACCAGAACACAGAAUCUUAGACUGAUGGGGUCUGGGGAGGCAGGCCGAAUUCCAAGAGCCAGAAAGGGGGCAGGAGGCCAGAAUCGGACUUGCCCAGAUUUGGGGCCCUUGUGGUUGGAAACUCCACAUGUUCCAGUGACCUCAGGUCAGAUUCUUCUUAGGAACAAGGUCGGGACAGGUGUACAGGGAGGUCCCGGAACUAUGGAAGGACAGCAGAGGUGUGAAAACUGGGCAGUUUUCUCCAUGUGUAGAUCCUAACUGGGGGUUCCCAUCCUGGGAAGCAGGAGAGGGAGGGGAACAGCAUUCUUAAUACGAGGUCACGGCUGCACAGCGCCCUCUGCUGUUCAUAUGAAGGGCGGGCCUUUAAUAUGACCCAGCAGAGCUUGUGUUACCCAGUGUGAUUUCAGGGUCACCAGCACAGCUCCUCCAUUCCUCUGAAAUCUCUUCCACUUAUUUGUUCAUGCCUAAAAUUCACUUAAAAGAACUCCUCAUUCCACAAUGAGAAAUGGGACAGAUAGAAUAGAUACCCGGAGAGAAGCAACACGGUUUUCCCAGUAAAGUUGCAAAUUCAGAGCGGCUGAGUCAUUCUAGAGACCAAGCUUAGAGGAGGGGGAGAGAGGGCAUUGCAAGUUUAGGCUUGAGGGAGCAGCAUGGAGAAGGCAAAGUGCACAGAAAAAUAAAGCUGGGGGAAUAGCCUUCAUGCUGUGUGACCUUGAAGAAAUUGCUCAAUGCCUCUGUGCCUCCAUUUCCUCAUCUGUAAAAUGGGGCUAAUAAUGGUACAUACCUCCCAGGGUGGUCUCAGGAUUCAAUGAGCCAACACAUUCAAAACUCAUAGACUAGUGCCUGGUUCAAAUUAAGUUAUCGGUACAUGCCAGCUAUUAUUCUGACUGUUAACCAGCGCUUCAUCCAUUUUGCCUAUGCUGCCCCAUUCCUCGUGGACAUCCUGUGUCCUGGCUGGAGAGCUGAGCUCCUGGAGAAGGAGGCUGGAAGGCAGGCUGGAAUGUGGAGGGAGAGUCAUGCUUCUUUGGAAGACUUUCUCUUCUUGCCAGGAGUGACACCUAAACUCUCAGUGUGAGAAGGUUUGCUGAGGAAAAAUUGAGGAGAACAUUUGGUGACUGGGCUUGAAGGAGGUAGAUCUAUGGACUCUUUGAUCUACUCAUGACCUGCAAAAGCCUGGCUUCUUGGUCAAAGUUGGCAAGAGUAAGACUCAGUCCCCUUUCACCCCCAAGGGCCUGCUCUGUGGCUCCUUGGCUUAGCCACCCAUCUCUCUGCAUGGGUCCCAGGCCCUUUGGGGGCAAGGGGAUGGAUCUAGGUUCAGGGGUAGGUUGGGGGGAGGCAUGGGAGGUGGGGUGGCAGGGGACAUACUGAAUCUACUUUGGAGACAGUUAAGUCAUGGUAGGUUUCCUAGGGAACAGAAGAAAACUAAGAGGAGUUUUUUGGGCCACGCUGCAUGACCUGUGGGAUCUUACUUUCCCAACCGGAGAUCGAACCCGGGCCCUCAGCAGCGAAAGUGUGGAGUCCUAACAACUGGGUGGCCAGGGAAGUCCCAAGAAGACUUUUCAAUGUGCUUGUUAUUUUACUCUAUUUUAGACCUUGAGUAAAAUAAUUUAUCUCCUAGGACCUUACUUUCCUCGCUUGUGAAACAGAAAAAAAAAAUAUUCUUGUAGCUAUUAUUAUUUGUGUAUGCAUGUAUAUGUGUGUGUCUGUUUAAACCACUAUAUAUG